AAAAAAAAAAAAAAGACUCACCAGGAGCAGCAGCCGAGCUGACGCUGCGGUAACGUGUUCGGGCGAGCCGGGGGACUCGUCGCCUUAUUUUUGAACAUAGCCCAUGUAAAUUAUUAUUUUUAUUUAUUUUUUUGCUAAGAUUGCCCCGCCGGUGUUUUAAUCGGUCCUGUACUUGGCGCGUGGGAACGGUGCGGUUAUUAGCUAAAACAAAGCGGACCCUCGUUCCCCGUUUUUUCGCUAAUCUUCGCCCUCGGUAACCGUCUUGUUUCUUUGAAAGAAGGCACUUCAGAGGGGCAAAUGUCGCUGUAAAUCACCGGAAAGCAUCGGUACAAAGAUGGAUCUGCGGUUACUUUUAAUAGCAUCAUUAUCAGCGGUCCUCGGUGGCAGCUGGGCACAGAAAGAGGGAAGCAAGUGCAUCGACGCCAACGCGCAGUCAUGCGGGGAAUGCAUUCAGGUCGCAGAGACAUGUGGAUGGUGCUCGGAUGAAAAUUUCCUCACUGUGGGUGAAUCUAAGUCGGCGCGCUGUGAUGAUCUGGAGUCCCUGAAGAAAAGAAACUGUGCCGUGACAAAAAUUGAGAACCCACGCGGAGAGAUUGCCAUCAAUAAGAACAAGCCUGUCACCAACCGCAAGAAGGACGUGGCUGAGAAACUGAAGCCUGAGCAGAUCACUCAGAUCCAGCCCCAGAAACUCACACUGACACUCAGAUCUGGUGAGCCCCAGACUUUCAAACUAAAGUUCAAGCGUGCUGAGGACUACCCCAUCGACCUGUAUUACCUCAUGGACCUCUCCUUUUCCAUGAAAGACGAUUUGGAAAAUGUCAAGAACCUUGGCACUGACCUGAUGAGGGAAAUGCAGGCGAUCACUUCAGACUUCAGGAUUGGUUUUGGCUCCUUUGUGGAGAAGACGGUCAUGCCUUACAUCAGCACCACGCCAGCCAGGCUCAUCAACCCCUGCACAGGGAACCAGAACUGUACCAGCCCCUUCAGCUAUAAGAACGUCCUGAAGCUGACAGACAACGGAGACGAGUUCAAUAAGCUGGUCAGUCAGCAGCAGAUCUCAGGAAACCUGGACUCUCCAGAGGGGGGUUUCGAUGCCAUCAUGCAGGUGGCGGUCUGUGAGGAGCAUAUCGGCUGGAGGAACGUGACUCGUCUGCUGGUGUUUUCCACCGAUGCUGGUUUCCACUUUGCUGGAGACGGCAAACUGGGCGGCAUUGUCCUGCCCAACGAUGGGAAGUGUCAUCUGGAGAACAACAUAUACACCAUGAGUCACUACUAUGACUACCCCUCCAUCGCCCACUUGGUCCAGAAACUCAGUGACCACAACAUCCAGACCAUCUUUGCUGUCACUGAGGAAUUUCAGCCCGUUUACAAGGAGUUGAAAAAUCUUAUUCCUAAAUCAGCUGUUGGCACGCUGUCCUCCAACUCCAGCAACGUGAUCAAACUCAUCAUUGACGCUUACAAUUCUUUAUCAUCUGAGGUCAUUCUGGAAAACAGCAGGCUGCCAGAGGGAGUUUCCAUCACCUACAAGUCCAUGUGUAAGAAUGGUGUUGAGGGAACAGGGGAGAAUGGCAGGAAGUGCUCCAACAUCUCCAUCGGAGACGAGGUGCAUUUCGACAUUUCCAUUGAAUCCCAGAAGUGCCCAUCGGAUGGCAAGUCUGAGAUCAUUAAAAUUAAACCGCUAGGCUUCACUGAGGAGGUGGAGAUAGUUCUGAACUUCAUCUGCGACUGUCAGUGCGCUGCAGAAGGACAACCCGAGAGUGAGAAGUGCCAUGAGGGCAACGGGACCUUCGAGUGUGGAGCCUGCAAGUGUAAUGAGGGACGUAUUGGGCGUCUUUGCGAGUGCAGCAAAGACGAAGUCCGGACAGAGGACCUAGAUGCCAACUGCCGAAAAGACAACGGUACGGAUAUCUGCAGCAACAACGGUGACUGUGUCUGCGGCACCUGCGAAUGCAAGAAGCGGGAAAACCCAGCGGAGGUCUACAGCGGAAAAUACUGCGAGUGUGACAACUUCAACUGUGACCGCUCCAGCAACAAGCUCUGCGGAGGACAUGGGCGUUGUGAAUGCAGGAAGUGCAUCUGUGACGCCAACUACACAGGCAGUGCCUGCGACUGCUCCCUGGAUACCUCCACCUGCCUCGCCAAGAACGGGCAGAUCUGUAACGGACGUGGCACUUGUGAAUGUGGAAUGUGCAAAUGCACCAAUCCCAAAUUCCAGGGUCCAACUUGUGAGAUUUGCCCCACCUGCCCCGGUGUCUGCACUGAGCACAAAGAUUGUGUGCAGUGCAUAGCAUUUGGGGCUGGUGAGAAGAAGGAGACAUGUGAGCGGGACUGCAACUACUUCAUAUUACACAAGGUGAAGGAUCGUGACAAGCUGCCCCAGCCCACAGACCAGAGUUUCCCACUGACUCACUGCAAAGAGCGAGAUGCCAACGACUGCUGGUUCUACUAUACCUACGCCAUCAGGAACGACACCAAGGAGGUCUAUGUGGUGGAGAACUUGGAGUGCCCAGCAGGACCUGACAUCAUCCCCAUCGUGGCAGGUGUGGUAGCGGGCAUUGUGCUGAUCGGCCUCGCACUGCUGCUCAUCUGGAAACUACUCAUGAUCAUCCACGACCGCAGAGAGUUCGCCAAAUUUGAGAAGGAGAAGAUGAACGCCAAGUGGGACACGGGCGAGAAUCCAAUCUACAAAAGUGCCGUAACAACUGUCGUCAAUCCAAAGUACGAGGGCAAAUGAUUGAGCUUUAUCUUCGUUGUGACAACACUGUAUGGAAAAGAGAAUGGGCUGGGGUGAAGGGAGGGGGCGGGGUUUAUAAUGCUCUCACUGUUUGUUUGUUUGUUUGUUGUUGUAGUCACCAAAUCAUAGAAUGCAUUUUGCCACUAUUUCUGUUUGUUUUACUAACUUGGUUUAUUUUCUAUGCAUCAUUUGAAACAUGUACAGUCUGUGUAAAUGUGGGGUUUUAUAUUUUAUUUUAUGCUUCUGCAGAACUUGAGAGAAUGUGUUUUGAACUGAUUGUUUUCCGCCACAGGACUGGCAGGGUAGCAGAAAGUCUAACUGUGCCUUUUUUUUGAUAGAACCAUCAAGCCAUCAGUGUUUUGUUGAGGGUUUAAUUGGAUGUUGAAAAUGGGCAACAAAUGAAGUGUUCCAUUCCAAAUUACUACAUGAAUAAAGUUAAGUGGGCAGCAGUCUAUUGGUCAGUGAUUCAAAAAUGCAGGUGAGCAAAGGUCUGAAGGUGGAAUUGCCAUCUGAGCAAAGGUUUUAUUGUGUCUGUAAUCAUUUGGACUGAGUAGGUGUCUUUCCUUUUUAAAUGUCUCUUUGGAUUGAACUCUUCAAAUGUAGCACCAGUUGGCCGUGUGUGGCAGCAAUGAAUUGUGUACAGUAUGUUCUGGGUUCUGUGUAAAGCCAUAUAUGUAUUCGCAGAACAGGGCUGAAGGCGUUAGUAUUUUUUUCUGAGUGAAUUAAUCCCUCUGAACAAUCAAUUGAAUAGUAUCUUUACGAAAGAUAUUUUCUUGGGCUGCCUUUCUAGGUGAAAGGACGUUGGUGCACAGUAGUUUUACUGUUUGGCUCCAGGUUUUACUUGCUUAAUUUAAAAGCCAACUCAGGUCCUUAAUUCUUCACAGCAAUGCCAAAUACGCAAACCUGCCUUAUUUGCUAACUAAAUUUGCUUAUCUUGAAAUGCCUUGUUUUAUUUGUACAAUAUGAACUGGGAAUGGUCUCAGUUUUUUGUUUUUACCUGUGGGUAAUCCCACCAACUAUUGGGUGGUACCUUGAUCAAACAUUUUUUUUAUUGAACAGAAAUAGGAAUGGAUGUAAUGUCAUUUAGUUCGGUGGUAAGGGAAUGGUCUCAAGAUCUCAAGAAUUUUUUGGUUUUUGUAAAGAGAAAAAGGUUACACCUGUCACCAUUGUUUUUAAGUGCCUUUUUUAAUUUCUACAAAACAUUCACAUUUGCAAUUCUGUAUUUCUGAAAUUAUUUAUUGAAUAAACAUUCAAAACAAUUUACCCCUA